GGCCAUCAUGUCUCAAUUCCCGCCAAAGAUCAUGAUCAUACCACUGAGGUACACACUCCCCCAAAAUGACCGACCAAAACACCCAAGAACGCUUCAUCGAAAGCGUGCAAGCAGCCCUGCGCAACUAUGACACCCAGCUCCAAGCCAUCAAUCACGAAAUCUGGUCCCACCCCGAGCUAGCGUAUGAAGAACAUCGCGCCCACGACGCCAUCUGCACCCUCUUCGAGACCCUCUCCACCACCACUGACUUCACCUUCACCAUCGAGCGCUCCGCCUACGGCCUCCCCACCGCCUUCGAAGUCCUCUACACGCUCGGAGACCCCCAGCAGGGCCGUACUGUCGCCUUCAACGCCGAAUACGAUGCCCUCCCCGGCAUUGGCCAUGCCUGCGGCCACAACCUCAUCGCGACGAGCUCCAUCGCCGCCUUCCUGGCCACCUGCCACGCGAUGCGCGCCACCGCCGCCGCCGGGGGCGGGGAACCGACCGCCAACUUCACCGUCAAACUGCUCGGCACCCCCGCCGAAGAAUCCGGGGGCGGGAAGAUCCAGCUCCUCUCGCGCGGGGCGUACGAGAACGUCCACGCCAGCCUCAUGGUGCACCCGGUGCCCCUGGCGCCCGGCAAGCCCGAGCUCCUCACGCUCGCCACCGUGCUGCCGGGUGGGUACCUGGCGAACGACAAGCUGCGGGUGCGGUUCACGGGCAAGGCGGCUCACGCGGCGGCGGCGCCGUGGGAGGGGGUGAACGCGCUGGACGCGGUGGUGGCGGCCUACGUGAACGUCUCGCUGCUGCGCCAGCAGAUCCUGCCCACGCAGCGGGUGCAUGGGGUGAUUGUCCACGGCGGCGAGCGGCCGAAUGUCAUCCCGCGCAGCGCCUCGGUGGAUUACUAUAUACGUUCGCCGACGGUGAAGUCGUUGAAGGGGCUGUCGGAGCGCGUGGUGAGGUGUUUUGAGGCGGCGGCGGUGGCAACCGGGUGUGAGGUGGAGUUUGAGUGGGGCCCUUCGUAUGCGGAUCUCAAGACUAACAACCCGAUCUGUGAGAGCUAUGUCGCGGUCAUGCGGGCGAUGGGACAUCUGGCGCUGUUUGAUAAUACGGGUCUGAAGGGUUCGAUCACCGGGGCGUCGACGGACCAGGGGAAUGUCUCGUACGCGGUCCCCGGAUUCCAUGGCAUCUUCACCAUCCCCACGGAUGGGGUCAAUCAUACCCCGGGAUUCACCAAGGGCGCGGGCUCGCUCGAGGCGUACCAGCAGGGGAUGGCCUGCGCGGCGGGGAUGGCGGUGGUGGCGUGUCGGGUCUUGGUGGAUGAGGAGUUCGCGGCGCGGGUGCAGAAGGACUUUGCGACAGAGAGGGAGUCGUUGACAGCAGAUUCUACCUGA